AUGCAGAACCAAGAGCACAAAUCAAUGAAUAGUGAUCGGUAUAAUGAAUUACACAAUCGAGAAUUGCGUGGACGAAACGAUGAUUAUCACGAUCGCUAUAAUGACAAAAAUAGAUACGAAAAUACACGCGGAUUUAAAGGAGAACGCGCUUCAAAUUUCGACAGAAAUAACUCGAUUCGUGAUGAGAUCGGCAAUGUACCAUCAUAUAAAAAUCAGACGCGUGGUGGAUCAUUUAAUAACGAAUUUGGUAGCGGUGGUAGAUCAGAUGGUUUCGAACAACAUGAUGAUGGUAGAGGAUUUGGUACCUCUCGCCGCGAUUUCCAAUUGGAACCAAGAAAAUUUUAUAAUUCUGGAGGAUUUGAAGAUAGUAGUCCUUCUAAUCAAAGAGAUCAACUCAUGGAGCAGCGAGAAAGAGCACCGAGAGAUUGGGAACCAGAACAAAUCUCGGUUGAAGAAAUGAUUGCGGAGGUAACGGACGACAUGGAGGGCAUUGAGGUUGAUUCAGAUCAAAAGCUCAAUGUUAUCAAUUGCGAUGAUGAUGUGAAAUUAUCGUCGUGGAAAAAUUCAGGUCUCAACGAGAAAAUCUUGAAAAACGUGGAGGCCCUUAAUUAUACAAAAGUGCGCCCAAUUCAAGCAGCUGUUAUUCCGUUGGUCUUACGUGGUUAUGACCUAAUGGGACAAGCCGAGACUGGAGGCGGUAAAACUGCCGCUUUUGGUUUACCAAUUGUUCACAAAUUAAUGAGUAUUCCGGAUGAGGAACGUACACAGAAAUCGAGACAUCUGAUGCCAUAUUGCAUUAUUCUGGCACCUGUUCGAGAACUCGCACGACAAAUUUAUAAUCAAUUCCGCAUUUAUAGCAGAGGAACUGGAAUCAAUGUUGUCGUGUCAUAUGGUGAAAUGAGCCGGUACAAAAGCUUGGAGGAGAUAUCCCGAGGAUGCGACAUUCUCAUCGGUACAUGUGGACGAAUAAUGGAUUUCAUUUCGAAAGGAGAUAUCCGUUUGGAAAAUUUGCGCUUUUUCGUUUUGGAUGAAGCCGACCGUCUUCUAGAAGACGUUCACAAAGGAUCAGGACCACAUUUGGCAACUAUUCUUAAUUGUCCAGAAUUUGUCAAUACAGCCAAGCAACGUCAGACGUUACUGUUUUCGGCAACAUUUUCCCCGAUGGUUGAAAAUUUUGCGGAGGAUAUUAUGAAGCCAAUCUCCGGUCAAAACAAAAUUGUGCGUGUUGUUUUGGCCCAGGGGCGCUUAAACCCACGUGUGAAUCUAGUAUUCGAAGAAGCGAAUGGAAUUGCCGAAAAAAAUGAAAAGCUGGAAAAUAUUCUUUCGAAGUCACGUGGAAAGGCGAGAAAUAAGACUUUAAUUUUUGUGAAGCAGAAAAAGCGUUCGGAUUUCUUGGCUUCUGCUCUUCUUCAGCAAGGGAUCAAUGCCCGCAGCAUCAAUGGCGAUCGUCCUCAAAACACCCGCGAGGAAGCGUUGCGAGAGUUCAAAUCCGGAAAAAUCAACGUCCUCGUAGGAACUGAUGUUUGUUCAAGAGGUCUCGAUAUCAGGGAUCUCGAUCAAGUCGUAAACUAUGAUCUUCCGGACGGCAAUGAUGCAAUCGACACUUUUAUUCAUCGUGUCGGGCGAACUGGGCGUCUUCGUCCAGGUACUGCAUACAGUUUUAUUGGAGAUGACGACAAAUCGCUUAUGUCGGAAAUAAUCAAGGUUAUGAAAGAUUCAAAUAAGGAAGAUCAAAUCCCAAGUUGGAUGAAAACCAGACAGAGUGGUAAUUUUUCUAGCGAAGGAUUCCCUGCAACUAAAGGGUUCGGUUUUGGUGGUGCGUCUUUCACCGGAUCUUUUGGGGAAGGAAGUGGAAAAGCAUUUGGAUCUUCAUCAUCGUUCAAACCAUCUACGGAAACAAAAAUUAACGAAGAAGAGAAGAGCGAGGAACCUUGGUAA